AGUGAUCUGACUCACUACAUGGCAGCAUGCUUGACUGUGUUUGCCUGUCCUUAGAACACACGAAAGCUUUUGUUGUUCUUAAAGGUGCCGCUUGACUCCUACGUUGUUCUACUGCUUCAGACCAACACGGCUGCCCACUUGGGUCUAGCAUUAUUGAAAGAGGAGGCAAUAAUGUGCUACUUGGGAGGGAGGUCACGAUCACUUAAAAAGAGGCCCAGAGAAGAGGGCAAUCUUUCCCGCCCCCUUUGUGUUUCCGCCACGUUAGUCACUCGGGAAUCCGCUCAGAACCCGAAGAGAGGUCUCUGUGGAACGCUCUUUUCCCUUUAUCUCUAUAGGCACAGCGAGAGUGGGAGGGACCGGAAGUUGGUAAAAAAAUUUCCCCCGGAGGGCGACGUAAACCAGCGCGGGCGCACUAGAAGUACCCCAAGAGCCGCUGUUUGUCGGUUGUUGCGGCCUUCACGGCGGCGUUGUUGUUUUGUCGGUCAUCGGAACGAGGAUUCUACCUGGGCCGUUGCCAUGGCGAUGCAAGCGGCGAAACGCGCCAACAUUCGUCUUCCCCCUGAAGUCAACAGAAUUUUGUAUAUCAGAAAUUUGCCGUAUAAAAUCACUGCUGAAGAAAUGUAUGAUAUUUUUGGAAAAUAUGGACCCAUUCGACAAAUCAGAGUAGGAAAUACUCCUGAAACUAGAGGAACAGCUUAUGUUGUCUAUGAAGAUAUCUUUGAUGCCAAAAAUGCUUGUGACCAUCUGUCAGGGUUCAACGUGUGCAACAGAUACCUUGUGGUCUUGUAUUAUAACGCAAAUAGGGCAUUCCAAAAAAUGGACACAAAGAAAAAGGAAGAACAGCUGAAACUCCUCAAGGAGAAAUAUGGAAUAAACACAGACCCACCAAAAUGAGACCCUUGGCCUUUGUGAAAAACCUUGUUCUAUGGACAGUUAUUUGUUUUAAUCUGUUAUUUUCUGGACUAAAAUUUCCUCACAAAUACAUGUGUCUGCUUUCAAGCACUGAAGUCUUUAGUGCUUAAUUUUUGACCAUAUAGAAUACUUUAUAAUCCUAAAUUUAGUGGAUCGCAGCUAUGUUAACUCCAGUGUCUUUUUCUAGUUGAUGUUCCCAAAUGCAGACUAACCAAGGUGUUUGGUAUGCUGGUGAUAAAAUUUCCUGCAAACCAGAAGCUUAUACAAGGAAACAUCAAAAAAUGAGUUAAAUAUUGUAAAUCUGUUAAAAGUAUAUGUAUAUUUUUCCAA